CCACCGUCUGCCACAGCCACGGCAACGCCUCGCCACAUGCUGCACAGCUAAUAAGGGUCAAAGGGCCGCGCGGACCGGGGAGCCCACGCGUCGGUGGCUCUGGGGUUGGUGGUGUCGUAGAUUAAUUUGCCAGGGCUGCGUGCGCCAGCGAGCUCGGGUUUAAAACGCCGCGCUCACCACCGCUUCUCCCGUCCCUUCUUCCGUGUCCACCCUUCCUUCUCCUUCCUCGCGCACCCACACUCUCUCUACUUCUGCAGCCGACAGCCGCCAUCCCGGAGUCCGGAGUCCGCACCAGGAAGGUGACGGAGCCUCGAGCGCCAUUCCCAUGGCGGACAAGAUCUCCACGAUCGUCCUCAAGGUUGACCUUGAAUGCGAGAGAUGCUACAAGAAGAUGAGAAGAGUCCUCUGCAAGAUCCAAGACAAGAUGAACAUCAAGACGAUCUCGUUUGAUGAGAAGAGCAAUGCCGUGACGAUCUCGGGCCCGUUCGACGCCGAGAAGGUCUGCAACAAACUCUGCUGCGAGGCCGGCCGGGUCAUCAAGGAGAUGGACAUCAAAGGCAAGGAGAAGGCCAAGGACGGCGGCGGCGACAAGCCGAAGGCCGCCGCCAAAGGGGCCGAGAACAAGCCGGAAAAGGUCAAGGAAGCCAAGGGUGAGAAGGAGGGCGCCAAGGCCGAGAAGAAGGAAGACAAGAAGGAGGGCAAGGGCGAUAAGGAAGCGAAGCCGGACAAGGCGGAGAAAGGCGGCAAGGACGCGAAGGCAGAGGCCAAGAAGGUCCAGUUCAACUUGGACGAGGCGCCCCCCGCGGGGAACGCGAAGCCCGGCAAGGCCGACCUCGGCCCGCUCCUGGAGAAGAUGAUGGCGGCCAAGGCCGGGCCCGAGGCGCCGCGCGGCGAGCCGAUCGCGCCGCCGCCGGCGAUGGUGCCGGGCGCCGCGCAGGGCGUGGCCGUGCCGUCCAUCUGGCCCGCGCCGGCCGGGUCCGUCUCCGGGUACGGCUACAACCCGAGCUACGAGGCGUCGUCGUACUACGGCGGCGGCGGUGGCUACGGCGGCUACGGCUGCGGCUGCGGCGGGGGCAACGGGUACUGCCGGUGCGGCAAGCCGGCCGCGCCCGGCGGGUACUACGGCGUGCCGGUGUACGACAGCCAGGGGUGGUACUACGGCGGCGCCGGCGCCCGGCAGCCGUACUACGGGCAGCAGCAGCAACCGUGCUACGAGGACCCCAAUGCCGGGUGCAGCGUCAUGUGAUGGCGAUCGGCCAUGCCCCCAUGGAUGGAGAGACAGAGCAAUCAGUGUGCGGUCACACUACCGUGGCCAGUGCUGGAUUAAAAAGAAAAAUCUCCCCUUCUUUUUCUCUCUGUGCCGCCGUGUUCUUGUUUAUGCCUGUGGUUUUUGUUUAUUUAGGGAGUUGAGUUGAGCAUGUGAACAGGUAAGCUGCGAUGCUUAUGGUGGCUUAGCUUCUCUCUCUUUCUUUUCUUUUCUUUUGCGAUGAACUAUAAUCUAUAAUGAGAAGAAUAUAGUAGUAGUAUAUUUAGAUGAAACAAAUUGAGUGCUCCUGGAGUCAAA